AUGUGCAGUUUUGUCGCACAGACCCCAGGUCCAGAUCCCAGACCAGACCCCAGGUCCAGAUCCCAGACCCAGGUCCAGACACCAGAUCCCAGGUCCAGACACCAGAUCCCAAGUCCAGACCCCAGGCCCAGAUCCAGACCCCAGGUCCAGACCCAGAUCCCAGACCAGAUCCCAGGUCCAGACACCAGAUCCCAGGUCCAGACACCAGAUCCCAGAUCCAGAUCCCAGUCCAGAUCCCAGAUCCCAGAUCCAGAGACCCCAGAUCCAGACCCCAGGUCCAGACCCCAGGUCCAGAUCCCAGGUCCAGACACCAGAUCCAGAUCCCUUCGUACAUCCAGACCCCAGAUCCAGACCCAGGUCCAGACCCAGGCUAUGUGGGGUGGCCAGGUCCAGACCCCAGAACAUGGCCAGAUGUUCAUAAAUGACCAGCAUGGUCCAAUAAUAAGGCAGAACCCAGAUCAGCAAGGAGUCAGUCCUGGGGCAUGGUCCAGAUCACCAGUAGUCCUGGAGCUCAGGUCCAGGGCAGGUCCUCCCAGACACCAGGUCCAGAUCCAAACUGACCCCAUCCCCCCCAGACACAUAAACUACUGUCCCAGGUCAGGAGACACCCAGACUUUCCAGACACCAGAUCCCCAGGUCCAGACACCAGAUCCCAGGAGAAUCCAGAUCCCAGGUCCAGACCCCAGAUCCAGACCCCAGGCUCCAGAUCCAGACCCCAGAUCCCAGGUCCAGACCCCAUAUCCCAGGUCCAGACCCCAGACACCAGGUCCAGAUCCCAGGUCCAGAUCCCAAGUCCAGACACCAGAUCCCAGGUCCAGACACCAGAUCCCAGGUCCCCAGAUGCCAGGUCCAGACCCCAGAUCCAGACCCCAGGUCCAGAUCCCAGGUCCAGACCCCAGAUCCAGACCCCAGAUCCAGACACCAGGUCCAGACCCCAGACACCAGGUCCAGACCCCAGAUCCAGACCCCAGGUCCAGACCCCAGAUCCAGAUCACGGGUCCAGAUCACAGGUCCAGAUCCCAGGUCCAGAUCCCAGACCCCAGGUCCAGAUCCCAGACCCUAGAUCCCAGGUCCAGACCCCAGAUAGACUAG